AUGGUUUAUCGAUUGUGGCGGUUAAACUUUCGGCCCAAACGGACGGUGGAACGCGGGAACGAGAGGAUCGACUUUGCAGCUGGUCCGAGUGGAUCGAUUCGAGCAGCGAACCGACGGGUGCCGAACGGACGAAGGUUCACCGCGGCAAAGGCCGAAAAAACCGGCGGAUGCGGGGAAUACGUGGGUUGGCGGACGGUGGGCCACAAGGGAGAUCGGUUCUUUGGAAGUGACGGAACGGCGGGAAAAGAACCGGACCGUCACGGUUAUCGAUUCCGUUACGCGUUACGCGGAAUGACUUUGCAGAGAUGCAUUAUGACGACGUGA